UAAUGAAAUGUGACUUGCUUGAGAACAAUACUGUUAGUGUCGUCCUUUGGCUGUGUUUAAUCACUUCAGUAUGGCGAGAGGCGAUUCUUGAAUUCACCAUGCCUUGGUCGAGAGGUUUAUACCCAUCCUUUGCUGUCAUCUUUCUUGUAGCAUAUUUCAGCUUCGUAAACACGCUCUUUGAUGUAAACCAUCUAUGUGAGUUACACCGAGAAAGGAUCAAUGGUUCAAUUUACGAUGCUGCAGAGUUCUACUGGCCGCUAGAGUCUUCCAAAAAACUUGUGGAGGUGAAGUCCUGUUCGUUCGGAAGCGUGACACAGGGAGAAGUGUUCAAUGUAUCCUUAAAUCACGCACAGUAUGGGGUUUACAUGGAUGCUUCUACUUCAGUCAAUCUUGGCUCAUUCAGUGCCCAGUGCAUUAGCGAUCCGAGCAAAUGCUACGAAGGAAUGUCUGUCUCCUUUUGGUUGAAAGCUUUCAAUGUUAGUCAAAACACCGAGGAAGACAAGUAUCAGUUUCUAGUGGGCACGAGACGUCACCUGACAGGAUUCGGAAUUUACCAAAAGCAUUUCGUGGACGGGAACAGUAACCGCAUAGUGGUGGUCGUGCAGGAUGAAAACACUAGAGUGGAAAAAGAACUAAAUAUUAUAAAGGAAAUUUGGACACACGUUGGAUUUACUUGGAAAAAAGGAGGUUUUCUUACGCUUUUCAUCAAUGGAAUAAAGAAAUCAGAGACAGCAGUUAUAGCCAGCACUAAUCCUGUAAGGACGUAUCCUUUGGUACUGUCAUUUUCUGUGGAUUACACCCAGUCGUCGUCUACUACGAGAGCCUACAACAUGCUCAGCGAUUUAGCUGUUUGGUAUAAAGAGCUUGACGCUGAGGCUGUUUACCAAGCCUUCAACACUACCAGGCGUUGUCGAUACAUCAGCCCGGCAGCGUAUACCAUGACGACCUCCUCAGGACUGCAGUGGAUCGCUGACCGUGGGACGCUUCAAGGGAGCUGGGCGUGGUGUGCCAAGGACCACGCAGCAACUCAACAAAUACUGCAAUUUCAAUUCAACAAACUAACUUACAUUUGCUCUAUAAUAACCAAGGGUAACCCCCUGGUACAAGGCGAAUAUGUAACCGGAUAUCGACUCUCGUGGACUUCGGACGGUCGAAUAUGGACACAGCAGUCGAAGAAUUAUUCAGCUAACGUGGACUCUAAUGACGAAGCGAUCGCGUAUCUGUCCCCACCCGCUGCCGCUACCGCGGUUCAGCUGUACCCUCAAGGGUUUGUUGGGCGCCAGUGCCUUAACAUUGGACUUACUGGAUUUGAUAAAGUCUCAACAUCAAUCAAGAUCUUAACAGAAGGGUAUAAUGAUCCAGGUGUCCACAGGAGAAAGCCGUACUGCUCUAUUAAAGUCGAUGGUCGUGAAGUAUGUCCUGGAGGCAUUGGGCACAAUUUUGUUAUUCUGAACCCUUCUACUGGAGAUGUAGUUGCCACACGCACUUUCCACACUGCCAACAUUACUAGCAAUGUCAGUCAGGAGAUGGCCGGGUACAUCUACUCCCUACCUCCCUGCGCCAUCAUCAUCAUCGCAGUGACAGGGACAACAAGCAAUGUUUCCGAGGCCUGGCAUGCUCUUUAUUCUAUUGGUGGAACUGAUAGCUUGUUCCCUGGCUUGAAUUAUUCAUGGAUCUUGCUCGGGCGAGUUGGUGGACGCAAACCAUGGGUGCAGCAAAUAAACCGCUCACCCAGCAUGGGACCAGCAGUCCUAGACGUUUCUAUCGAGCUCGAAGAAAACGCUCAGGCUGACCAUUUUUGGAAGCUUGAUUACUAUCGGGCCGACAAGCGUGUCUUAGACUUAAUCGGCGACUUACAUGGGACGGUAAACAGUAUUCCCAAUGGAUGCACGUUACCAAAUCUAUGUGCCUUCCGAAGCAAUGGCGGUGAAAAAGCCACAAUUAACCCCAUAGCUGCCGAUAAGUGCUUAGUGGACCCAGAAAAUUGUCCUGGCGGGAUCUCUGUGUCGUUCUGGGCGAACCUUGUUUUAGAUGAGCCUCCCUCACUAAGCAAUCCAGAGUUCAAAGUUUCAAGAACAGAUGAAGCACGGUGCUACACUUGGCUGACCACGUCGAACGAUUGCUGUGUUUUCCCGUUCAAGUACAAAAACAAACAAUACCAUUCCUGCACUACAUUCGACCAUUAUCGACUCUGGUGUGCUUCCACUUCAGACUACGAUCGGGAUGAAAAGUGGGGCAACUGUUUAGGAUGUAACCGACCUCUAGUAGCGACGAGUCGCAUAAAGUCCUCCUCCGAUAUAGACAGCUCACACAGUCACAAUCACGCUCGCCUGGGCUCCCCAAGCUACUGGAGACCAGCUACUAAUAACGGCUCCGAGUAUCUGCAGGUGAAUCUCCUUAACGACUAUCACGUGACAGCUAUCGGGUCCCAGGGUAGCGGGGUGGAUGCCGAGAAGUACUGGGUCUACAGCUACGAGUUGUAUUACAGCUAUGACAAGAUCACGUUUUCGCCAUACAGUGAUGAGUCUAUGAGAAUUAAGACAUUUGUGUCCAACAAUGAUGGUACGACAGAGGUGGUGAAAUACUUGGCCGAGCCAAUCCAGUGUCGCUCCGUGCGCAUCCACCCGAACAUGUGGCACGAUGCCAUUGCUAUGCGCGUUGAGGUGUACGGGUGUCCAGUUACUCCGCUCAACAAGUUGGAACGAACAGGAAUAAGGAAAGACUGUCAUUACCCACUGGUGGAGAACACAGCUCUCGCAAGCAGGCUUAUGAAUUCGUCAAGUUUUAACGGAGAAAACUGUCUUGCCUCUUUCGCCGUUCUCAACGGACCAAAGUCCUGGUGUCCAGUUACGCAAAAUGUCAUGGAGCACUUGACCGUGCGUUUCCAGGAAGAUGUCGUGAUAAGCGCCAUCGCAUCGCAAGGAGCUGACCAAUCUGGGACAAGUAUGUACGUGGCGUCAUACAAGCUUACACACAGCAUUGAUGGGCACGAAUGGUCUGAGUAUUCGGAGUUUGGAGUUACCAAGGUGUUUGAGGGGAACUCCGACAGCUCAGGCAUUGUUACACAUGGGCUAAAAUACAACAUAGACGCACGCUUCGUCAGGCUAAAUCCGCUAACUUGGAGUUCUGCCGGGAUUGCUAUGAGAAUCGAGGUGUAUGGAUGUUUGCGAGAUAAUCCCAAGUUCCGAGUCGUCGGAAAACAAUCUCUGGACUAUGCAAAGGACUCCAAGAUUGAAGUUGCAUAUCGGGUCUGUCGUGAGGGGAUCACGUGUCCAAACUGUACCAGACAAGUCUAUCUUCAUUAUUUUUUUGGUGGACCAGUACACUGCUUGAAUUCAAAUGUCAGCUACAGCUGUCGUUACGUGGUUGAUUCACGUGACCUUCUUUCAAAUCACCGUUUCUAUUUUGACAGAAUCAAGAUGUUCGAUGCCCAUAGCUCGUCGUGUGAGCUUAACCCACUGCCACUCAUGUACACGCCAGUCGCUGUCUCCUACAGAUCAGGAUAUCAAGAACCAAAGUCUCGAGAAUCUUGUCUCCAUCACCUUUUGUCUGGGCAAAAACAAAGUGGCUACUACUGGAUAACUCCAUCGAAACAUCACAGUCGCAAAAGUAUGCUAGUGUAUUGCGAUCAGACUACUUCCGGGGGUGGGUGGACGGUGAUACAGCGUCGCCACAAUGGCUCAGUUGACUUCGACCGGGACUGGCAAGCGUACAAGGUUGGCUUUGGUGCUGCCGAGGGCGAAUAUUGGGUUGGUACCGAUAUGCUGCACUAUAUGACAAAGUACUCGUCUGGACAAUAUAUUGGAUCAGAACUGCGUGUGGACGUAGAGAGCUUGGCUGGCAUGUUGGGAGAAGCCGAGUACAAGCACUUCAACGUGGGUCCCGAAACCAAUAAUUAUUUGUUAGAGGUGCGGAACUACACGGGCACAAUUGGGGACGCGUUGUCUUACCAUGAUAAUUCAUAUUUUUCCACAAAAGAUAGAGAUGAAGACUCGGGGAGCAGAAACUGUGCGAACGAAUACAAAGGGGGCUGGUGGUACAACCAGUGCCUCAAUGCCAGCCUUAACGCGCCUUACCUACAGACCCAGCUACACCCUGAUGGUUAUGAUGGCAUAAGGUGGAAAUCCUGGGGAAGUAACGUGAUUAAAAAAGUAGAGAUGAAAGUUCGACCAGGAAAUAUUAUUCGAUGUAACGCAUGGGCUUGCUUCUACUUUCUACAAGCUGCUGCAAACAACAUUAAUGAUGCGCAACAAAAAUGUACCUUGCUUGGAGGUCAACCCCUCAGCGUGCAUAGUGAGAUAGAGUGGCUUUUUGUAAAAUCUUUCAUCUCAGAAGCCGACAUCUUUAAGACCAAGACAAUUUUCACAGGCUUGAACGACAGAGAGCAAGAUGGCGAGCUAAGAUGGAUGGAUGGUAGCCGCUACGAUUAUAACAUCCCCUACUUCUUGAACACGUCUGCGGGCUCAUGCUACGUGGUAAAGCAUGAGGGCGACCGCGGAUAUUUCUGGACUGAACAUAGUUGUGGCGAAAGAGGGUCAUCCGUUAUAUGCAAGAGAGGUAUAAUGUGCCACCAGUCUGAAUGCUUCUACGAUUUUCGGCACGAGAACGCGGAGAACUGGGAAAACAACAAAGCCAAAUGUGAAAAUCAUGGCUCCCAGCUGGCCAAGAUCUACAACAAGAAAAAAAAUGAUUUUUUUUCGGGGAUAUUGCGUAAGACUGGAAGUAGUAUGCACAUUGCUUUGGAGUGGGGGUCGGAAGGGUUUAAAUGGCUGGACGGGAGAGUACCUAACUUCACGAAAAGCAACUACCAAAGUCACUCGUAUUCAAAACAGUGUUGGACAAUCGAUCCGCCGGGUAUCUGGAAUAUGGAAUCCUGUGGUACAAAUAGGAAAGUGAUAUGCGAAAGACCGUACAUCACGGCAAGCUCUUGCGACGAGCUAUUAUCCUACGGUGUAACAGCGAGCGGGGAGUACGCCAUAUACCCAAGAAACAGACUCGUCUAUACUUACUGCGAUAUGGACAAUGAUGGCGGUGGCUGGGAAGUGAUUCAGAGACGCGUUAACGGCAGUGAGAACUUCAACCGAACGUGGGAUGAGUACGAGAAUGGCUUUGGCACAACUUGGAAGGAGUUUUGGCUUGGGAAUUCCAACAUCCGUCUUCUUACGAAUGAGCCCAAAACGUUAUUAGUAAAGCUAGUAACAAACUCUGGUUACACGGCUAUCGCGUACUACCACAGUUUUCAAUUACUUGGCACAUCUAACACCCUCCAUGUCAGUGAAUAUUCAGGGACUGCAGGAGACUCGUUGGGAUACCACAAUAACCGAAAAUUUACAACGUUUGAUAAGGACCAGGAUUCGCAUAACGAUAACUGUGCCGUCAGGUAUGGCGGAGGCUGGUGGUACGGAGGCUGUCAUACCGCCCAUCUGAACGGACAAUAUAAACCGUCUAUCGGUAACAGCACUUAUGCGAUCUACUGGAAAACUUUGGGAGAGUCUGUCAAAUAUGUCGAAAUGAAAAUCAAGAGUUUUCCUACUGAUUCCGUAGACAGGGGAAACAUUCUUCUAACUGGAGCCGAGCAAACCAAUUUCCGAGGACUUUCACUACACAUGACGGGUACAUCCUUGAACUUUUCCGUUGCGACAGCCACAAAAAGAUGGGAGCUAACAUUUUGUCCGUUCUAUCGCAUCUGGACCCACUGCACCGUGACGUGGUCUCCCGUGAGUGGUCUCAAGUACUACGAAAAUGGCGUCCUUACUGCAUCUUCUAUAAUGUCCAGAAAAUUCAAAGCUACUGGUAUUUCAUCGGAAAUGACUAUAGGAACAACAACUUCAAACAUCAGAUCCACAAGACAAAUAUUCCACCUCGCUACUUGGAAAAAAGAAUUGCGACCAAGUGACGUGCUACACAAUUAUCAAUAUCAAAUCUUUACAUUUGACAAUGAUUGGGAGUUCUGGACUCAUACCACAUCGGACGAUGGUUUCGGGGAUGGGCCGUUCCUAAGUUGGAUUAGGCGUAAUGGCCCCACUCCAAGUUACAGGACAGGCCCACCUUAUGAUAGUACCACCAAAAACCCUCUUGGAUCGUAUCUGUACAUGGAGGCGUCCUCCCCUCUACGCGCUGGAAACUCUACCUAUAUCACGAGCGUUUUAUUGAAAUUUCCUUUCCGCUGUUUACGCUUCCGUUACCACAUGCUCGGCGAGGAUAUGGGUAGACUCGAAGUAAAAUUUGACCAAAGAACACCUCUUUGGACAGUGGAAGGCAAUCUAGGCAAUACAUGGCGACAGGCGAUAGUCCCGUUGCUUGACAUGAGAAAAAAGCUUACUUUCAUAGCGACUCGAGGUAGCGGCAUUCGAAGUGAUGUCGCCAUUGACGACGUCUCGCUGAGUAUGAUGCCAUGUGCGGAGCGAGAGCCGCUGACGUUCCGUAGACUUGGCUGUUAUAAGACUGCUUUUGAAAUCCUGGAUAAAAUUGAACCUGUCCUGGAUGGGUCUCAUAACCAACGCAAGAAUGCUAUCCACAAAUGUGCUCAAGCCGCCCACAAGAGAGGGUACCGCGUAUUCGGCCUGAGUGAUGGUGGAUAUUGCCGAUCCAGAUACAAUGCUCAUCUAAACUACGAUGUGGCAUUCAACCCAAAAGACCCAUGCCCGGAGGAUGGGGAAGGCGCCCACUCCUCUAUGGACGUCUAUGCUAUAGAUGAGUGUUUUCCGCCCUGUCCACAUGGUUACGAAUGCGAUCCAAAAACUCUUCUUUGCAAGUGCGGCCAAAUGAAUCAUUUCACCAGCUCAUGUCAAACCGAUUUGAAAGACAAAGUUUUCCUAGAUGCAGCACAUUACUGGCCCCUUGAUAACUUAUCUGUCGUCGACGUCAAAGGAGGACUUCUUGGUGGCGUCACUGGAAUCGCAGAAAGUGUUCUUGGUGUGGUUAAUAACGCAUCACAAGUCAGUGGAACUGCCAGCUGGAUCUUUUUAGGUGAUCUCCAAAACUCGUGUCUUUCUGACUUGGUUGCAUGUGAAGAUGGUCUUGCUGUCUGGGUUUGGAUCAAGUAUUCAGCUCGUAAUCCUAUAAAGAAACAAACGUUCCUGUAUCUCGGAGGUCGAGAAAGCCGUGACGAGGAGGGCUUUGAAUUCUUUAUCUCGCCGAGUUUAGGUGAGAAACCCCGUCUAUCAAUUCGCAUCGUGCUUAAGAAUCAGUCAUGUCUAUUCGGCUUACCCUACGUCCCAGGAGUGUGGACACAAGUUGGCUUCUCCUACGCUGAUGCCUCCAGCCUCGAUGUGUACCAGAACGGCAAUAAACAGACUUACAGCGUUCAAGAUACCUGCUCCGUCGUCAUUACAACGCCACCGGCCAGCAGCAUUCUCAGGACAGGAGAACCUAUCUUAGGCGAGACCUUAGCUUUAGACGAAGUGGCUGUUUGGUACAAGAGGGUAUCUCUAUCGGAGAGAUAUACAGAGGUUAAAGGGUCAACGCAGGCGAUUCAAGUGGCUUUUAAGUUCUCGUCCAUGGAAUGGACAGAUGACUACCUGGAUCUAGAGUCGCUAGCAGCAGUCACUCUCACUUCAAGUAUAAAUGACGAAUUCAAGAAAAUCUUGGGAAGUCGUUUCCUUGGUAUUCACAUUCACGGAUUCACAAACGGGAGCGUCAAUGUGAACAUGAGCAUUAUCUUUGGCGCGGUGAACUACACGGACAUUCUACUAUUAGAGGAGGCUCUCUACCAAAAUGUAUCCAUCAUGUCUCUACCUAUAUCUGGCGCUUCAAUGUCCUCCGCCACAGUGCCAUUAACACCUCCAAUGAACAUCACAGUGAAGGUUAUAACACCCUUUUCUGUCAACGUGAGCUGGGCCUCAGAUAAUGCGACAACACGGCUGAUUCAGGGUUAUCGGAUCCUUUACAAGCGCAUUGGGCUUGACUCUCUGUAUUCCUUACAUACGGUGCAAGGUCUUGACAGCCAUGCGGUGGUCGAAGGUCUUUCACCCGCUACUAACUACACCUUCAGACUGUUAGCCUACAGCCUGAAAGGAGACGGCUUUAUCUCGCCCCCUAUCUACGGGAUGUCUGGAGAGAACGUUCCUCAAGAAGUGCCUAAUAACAUCACCUCAGUCGCCACUAAUUCAACGGCCCUGAAUGUCACGUGGGCACACAUCAAUGCCCUCAACUGGUACGGGAAUCCCCUUGGCUAUGUUAUUAACUACUCCGCGCCUGAGGUUCCAGCAGAUCCCUGGAUCAACAUUACAGUCGCGCCCGACAAUUCCAGCGUGCUUUUAGUGUCCUUGAGGAAGUACAAAGUCUACUGCGUCACGAUUGCUGCGUAUAACCGGAUAGGUAGCGGAAACUUUAGCGAGCCGGUAUGCGUACGCACACUUGAAGAUGUACCUGACGCCCCACUUCAAAACAUCAAAAUUGCUGCUGCUAAUUCAACAGCUUUAAGCCUCACGGCCGACGAGAUACCUUUCCUAAACCAAAAUGGGAUAAUCUUGGGCUGUGUGGCUAACUGGAGUUCAUUGUACGGCGAGGGUAGCCUGGUAUUUUCUAAUUGCUCGGGCAUGGUCAUUACUGGAUUGCGGAAAUACACGGAGUAUAGCGUGAUGCUCUAUGCGUUCAAUAAAGUUGGGCCCAGCCCCUGGGGGGCGCUUCUUGUUCGAACGGCCGAGGAUGUUCCUACAGCCCCCCCUGAAAGCGUUUCCGGACACAAUAUCAGCUCCACCGCUAUCAGUGUGUCGUGGUCCGAAGUUCCCGAAGAUCAUAAGCAUGGUGUCAUACGUGGUUAUAAGGUCUGGGCCACACGAAUUGAAACAGGAGAAAUUGAAAAAAUGAUGAUAGUGUGUAUGAAGACGGCAAACGUGACAGGGCUGUAUAAGUACCGAGAGUACAACGUCACAGUAGCAGCCAUAACGUCUAUUGGCAUCGGUCCACCGGCCACGGUCUUCAUUUGGACUGAUCAGGACACCCCGAGUGCCCCGCCGCCAAACAUCACUGCAGUAAACACGAGUUCAACAACGGUGGAACUGUCAUGGAGCGCUGUACCUUACGAGCAUGUUAACGGCAUUAUACUUGGAUACAAGAUCCAGCAACUAAGUUACACGUACGCAUAUAAAAGCGGUACCGACAACACGGAGGUGAAUAUGACGGUGCACGGAGCAGACACUCUUCAGCGAACCCUGACUCCUCUAGAGAUGUAUUCGGACUACACCUAUCGCGUGUGUGCCUUCACCAUCAAGGGAGAUGGCAAUUGGAGCGACCACUACUACUUCCGUACCGACGAAGAUGCUCCUUUAGUUGCGCCAGUAAAUUUGACAGCCAACAGCAGUAUUUGGCACUCAAUUGAGCUAAACUGGACGUCAAUACCAUCCCACCUCAUCCCCGGGAUCUGUCGAGGCUAUCGAGUUAGCUACAAACUUCAACAGGUCGCAGGCGCGGGCGAGCUCAGCUUGACACUGGGCGCGGAUGCUACUACCAUUGUCGUCGAUGAUCUUUCUGGCUUCAUGUGGUACGACCUCAAGGUGGUGGCGUUCACUGUCAAGGACGGGCCCGUAGCCAAAACUUCAGUGCAAACCAAAGAUUAUUUACCCAAGGUUCCACCGCCAAGUUUCCGAGGUCAGCCAAUAUCAUCGACUCGCCUGCGACUUCAGUGGGAGCCUGUGCCUUUACUUCUCACCAACGGUGAAAUGGUCGGAUACAUACUGGAGUAUAACAACACAAACAAGUCGAUAGCAGAUAACGCCACUUACCCUACCAUACAGACCGAGGUGACGCUCGUGGACCUACAUAAGUUCAAUUAUUAUCAGCUGCGGAUUGUAGCGUACAACGUGAUGGGCUUCGGGCCGUGGAGUGACUACAUUACACUACGCACUGACGAAGAUGUUCCCGAGAGACCACCAGCUAACUCUUCAGGGAAUGCCGACGGCCCCACUUCGAUCUUUGUGGAGUGGAAGCCCGUGCCGUUCGACUACCGUAACGGCUUUAUUACCGGCUAUAAAUUGAUAUAUCGCGCUGUGUCGUCCGUUGGUAGACCACUGUAUGGCGAGCCCUCGUUCCAGCUCCUUGUCGGUCCGCAUGUACUCGAUAAAGUCAUACAGAACCUGAAGACUUUCACGACGUAUGAAGUACAGGUGAUCGCUCAGACGAUCAAAGGAGAUAGCGAAGUCUCAACUUUCGUUAAUAUAUCAACCUGUCGCUGCCACCGCAAGCUUUCCACCAACUGGCGUAUAAUGGCUCCGUACGUCACUUAUGACAACAGCUCGGACACACCUCGCGGAAUGUUCCCUUACCUCCUGGAAACCUCGAUUGAGUACUGCUGCGGUCGCUGCUCGGCACAUGGUAAGACCAUCAUUGACUUCAACACCGACGGAUUCGGCGAGAAAGCCAUGAAGAACAAGGACAUUGACGUGAAGCGAGCGAUUGACCAAGUGACGGAUUUAAGCUUCCCAAUCAACGGGUACAAGGACCAAACUCAUUACUCGAAAUACUUCGGGUACAUGCCAGUCGUCACUACUCCAGGAGUACUGUUCAUCGUAUCGCGGGCCGAGACUGAUGCGUCACCGCAAAAUGUAGCUCUGACAGUGUUCAUGGUCUGGCCGUUCCUAUUGGUCAAUAUAACAUUGGCGCUCCUGUUUGCCUUCGUUAUAUGGUUUACGGAGUCUAAUUCCAACGAGGAUCAGUUCCCACCAUCCUUUGCGCGUGGUAUUGGCAGUGGAUUUUGGUUCGCUUUUGUCACCAUGACAACAGUAGGUUAUGGCGACAAGACAGCAGUCACUUUUGUAGGCCGUGUGCUAACAAUCGCAUGGACGCUCGUCGGCCUUGUCACAUUCAGCAUUCUAAUGGGUUCACUGAGUGCAAGCUUUGAAAUCUUAGCAUCCACUGAAAUUGAGUCAGGCGCGAUGCUGUAUGGUACUAAGGUCGCUGCAUUGGAUAAUUCGUCGGAACAUCGGCUUGGCUUGAGAAAGAACGCCAAAGUUAAUGAUGUAAACCGGUACAAGACAUUAGAAGAGAUUCAAGAGGCGCUACUGUCAGGAGAGGUGAAGGGUGCGUUGAUAGAUGCGUACGUGGUGGGCGCAAAUAAACACAUGUUCAAUCACUCAAAACUCAGGGUGAAUAAAGUCAUCGAGAUCUCCUCCGUCUAUGGCGUGGUACUGGGAGGACCUACUAUAAAGAUACAGGAGUGCCUGCGUCAUUACUUCCUGGAACAAAAGGCGGAUAUAUCUGCCCACAUACGGCAGAAUGCUGACUCUUUAGAGUCGCCUGAUAAAAGCAUCGCAGGGAUGGUCACCGAUGAUAUGUUCGACUCUUCAAGUAAUGUGUUCAUAGAGUCACUUUGGACAAUUAUGUACAUGUUUGUUGGACUAUUUGUGCUCGGGAUGUUGUAUGAAUUGGCGUACCAACUGCGCAAACGUCGGAGGAGUACCGGAAUUAAAGAACUAGAAGACCUCAUAUUGCGGAAGCAGAACAUGCAAUCGUGUCUGCGUGAUUUGGUGGAAGGAUUUAAAAACAACAUGGAGGAAAUCUGGAAAAAUUUGACCGCUAAACAUCUGAGCGAGAGAAAGAGGUUACUUCGCCUCAAACGCGAACGUAAUCGAACUUUCAAGAGACACUCUCCAUACAAAGUUUCUAAUGAAGGAUUCAAUGAACAAGACCAGAAACUAUAAGGAAGGAUAUUAUAUCUUUUUUUUUUAAUGUCUGUAGACAUUGUUGAUAUUGUUGAUAUUUUUAGUAUUUUAGCUUGCAUUGCACGAAUUGACCAAUGAUAUCAAUUGCUUAAAGUUCACAGUUCUAAAACUUAAAAGUAAAUAAGUAUUUUAGUGGUAGAAUUAGUAUUGGAAUCAGUCACUGCGAACUCUCACCUUUAAUUUGAAUGACAAAAGCCAGAAAGCUGACAGAAUAUUGAAAAACGCGAUAAUUUGUUUUAAAGUCACAAGUCCCGAUAACACAAGUUACGAUUAGUGUUUUCAGCAUUUGCAGCAAUUUUGAAUUUGGCUAGUCAUGAUUGACCGCGAGCUCGACAUUAAUUUCUUGCGCGUGAGUAAAGCUUUUUUUAUGAAAUAAAAUGCUAAACCCA